AUGAUACGAAGCACAUCAACAAAUGUUGAAACAACAACGAAACGGUGGUUUCAUAUGUUUUCUACAUCUAAAGUAUCUCCACCGUCUGAAAGCGAACAACGACAAUCAUGUCGAUUUGAUUGGGCAAAAUUAUCAUGGACUAGAUGGAUACAGAUACCAUUACUCUGGUGGGUAAUGCCUAUGCUCUCCUUGGGUAAUAAACGUACGCUUGUCGAGAACGAUCUUGACGAUCUUUCUGUCGACGAUAGAUGUUCAGUUUUGUUGAACAGAGUGAAUCGGAAAAGUUCCAAAUGGGAAGGUACAUGGCAUGUAUUCAAUGGAACAUUUUUUAAAGAUUUUAUAAUAAGCCUUUUGCUUGUUGUUCCACUGAUUAUGAGUCAUAUUGCACAACCAUUACUUAUUCGUCAAAUUGUUCUCUACAUUAAAGAUCAAUCAGGAUUACCUACUUAUGCUGGUUAUUUAUAUGCUAUUGCUCUUUGUGUAGCUACAAUUGUACAAGGUAUUAUUCAGCAACAAAUUAUGUUUCGAAAUACACGCAUAGGCAUGCGAGUUCGUAAUGUAUUAUCAUGUGCUAUCUAUAAGCACUUGUUGACUGUCAAUACUGCAGCUCUUCACAAGACUACUGCUGCUCAGACAAUUAAUUUAGUGGCAAAUGAUGCUGGUAAAUUGGAAGAAUUAAGCAUGUUCAUGCAUGCUUUAGUGCUGGUACCUGUGGAAGCUAUUGUCACGUUUGGUCUAGUAUGGUGGAAUAUCGGUUUACCAACAUUAUUUGGCUAUGGAAUAUUGCUUUUAUUAGCACCUUUACAACUGAUUUUUAGUAGAAAAUUCAGCCGAUAUAGAAAGGAUACCAUGAUAUGUACUGACAAACGAGUACAAACAAUCAAUGAACUUAUCAACGGAUGUCAAAUUAUAAAAAUGUAUAAUUGGGAAAAAGCUGUGGAGCAACGAGUACGUGAAACACGUCAACAUGAACUUUCGAACAUUUAUAAAGCGAGCUACUUGAGAGCUUUUACUAUUGCUCUCUCAUUCGCAUCAUUACCUUUGAUUUCACUUGCGACAUUCGGUGGUAGUUGGUUAAUGGGUCAAAUUUUACUUCCAGAAAAUAUUUUCGCAGCAUUAGCCUUCUUUGGUCUGGUUCGACUUCCAAUAACACUUACGUUGCCAUAUACAAUUGAAAGAUUUAGUGCUGCUCGUGUUUCUGCAAGAAGAAUCGAUCAAUUCAUGCAACUAAAUGUAUUGUUGAAUAAACUUGAGAAAAUGGAAAAUACAAAUAUGGAUGAUGUAAUUAUUAUGGAAGAUGCAUCAUUUUCUUGGAAAGAUAAGCCAUCUUUAUUUUCUCUCAAUCUUAAAAUCAAAAAAGAUAACUUAGUUGGAGUAAAAGGUCCUAUCGGUGCUGGCAAGUCAACUUUACUAGCUGCCAUUCUUGGUGAGAUCAAUCUUAUUAGUGGAAAACUUCAACUAUAUGUAAAUUCUAUUUCAUAUGCUCCACAAUCAGCAUGGAUAUUUGCAGAUACUAUUCGUGCUAAUAUUCUUCUUGGUAAACCAAUGGAUGAAGAACGUUAUAAGAAUGUAAUAAAGGCAUGUUGUCUUGAUAUUGAUUUACAGAAUUUCGGUGAAGUUGGUGAUUUAUUAAUGAUUGGUGACAAAGGUGUUAAUUUGAGUGGAGGACAAAAAGCUCGAAUAUCACUUGCUCGUGCUCUUUAUGCUGAUGCUGACGUAUAUUUACUCGAUGAUCCACUUGCUGCUGUUGAUCCAAAGGUAGCAAAGAAUAUUUUUGAUCAAUGUAUUGGUCCUCGUAGCCUUCUUCGUGGAAAAACUCGAAUAUUAGUUACACAUCAGACACAUUUUUUGGUUGAAACAGAUCAAAUAAUUGCCUUGAAGAAUGGUCACAUUGAUGAGUUACAUAGUGUACAACGACCUACUAUUGAGCUAUUGGAUGAUGAUGAUGAUGAUGACGCAUCAGAGGCAGAUUCAUCGAAUACGAAAGAGUCAGAUUGGACACUUAAAACUGCUACAAAUGAUAUGAAUUCGAUUGUAAAGGCUGAAACAUCAGUUGAUGGUGUCAUCAAGUGGAAUAUUUGGCUAAAACUGUUCACUGCACCACCUCUCCGUUGGUUUGGCUUUAUUCUUAUGGUUAUUUUUAUGCUUGGUAAUGAAGCUCUAUACGACUUUACAAAUAGUUGGCUUGCUAUAUGGUCCGGUCAAGAUGAAAGUGAACAACGAUUAUCAUAUUAUGCUCUCGUCUAUCUCGGAGUCGUAUGUGCUACAUUGAUCGUUGCAUUCAUACGUGUUGGCUACAUCUAUUAUAUUAUGUUGCGUGGUGCGACCUAUCUUCACAAUCGAAUGCUCAAGGGUAUUUUGUAUACUUCGUUACGUUUUUUUGAAAGUAAUCCAAGUGGACGAAUACUGAAUCGAGCAAGCAAAGAUCAAUUAAUAUUAGAUGAAUCGUUACCUAUUGCUUUACUUGAUACUAUGCAAUACUUACUAUUGGCUGUUGGUUCUAUCAUAAUCAUUGGAACGACCAAUCAGUGGGUGCUUUUAACUCUUAUUCCUUUGGUUCCUACAGUAUUGUGGCUUCGUCGAUAUUACAUGUGUUCAAGUCGUCAACUCAAACGACUUGAAAGUGUAACACGUAGUCCUAUCUAUGCAUUGUUCUCAUCAUCAUUAGAUGGACUAACUAGUAUUCGUGCUUUUGACGUUCAAGGCGAUUUUUUGAAUAUGUUUAUGGAAAGAAUCGACAGCAAUUCACGAGCUAACUUUUAUCUCAUUGCCGUUGGACGUUGGUUCGGUUUACAACUUGAUCUUAUGGCAUCUUUAAUCACUUUGGUUACUGCUAUUCUUGCAGUAGCAUUGCGUCAUCAAAUGGAUCCGUCGAAAGCAGCACUUAGUAUCAGCUAUUGCAUCACUCUAACAGGUCUAUUUCAAUGGGGUAUGCGGCAAUCAGCCGAAGCUGAAAAUUUUAUGACCAGUGCCGAACGUAUUCAUGAAUAUGGUCAGCUAGUAUCAGAAAGCCAUCAAAACAAUAAUAAAGGCAAUGUUCUCAUUCAACCACCAGAUGGUUGGCCUUCUCGUGGUAUUAUCGAAUUUAAAGACUAUACAUUUCGCUAUCGACCAGAGCUCGAUUCUGUACUUAAAAAUCUUAAUCUACGAAUUGAAUCUAAGGAAAAGAUUGGAGUUAUUGGUCGAACAGGUGCAGGAAAAUCGUCAAUUCUUCAGGCUCUAUUUCGACUUGUCGAUCAGUCAGCAAUCAACGGAACUAUUCUUAUCGAUGACAUUGAUAUUGCAUGUCUUUCACUCGAUCAUCUUCGUUCUCAUCUAUGUGUUAUUCCACAAGUACCUGUCCUCUUCUGUGGUACACUUCGAUACAAUAUUGAUCCAUUCGAACAAUUCUCAGAUGAAGAAUGUCUGACAGCGCUUGAAGCUGUUCAACUCAAACCAUUGGUACACAAGCAUCCUGAGGGACUCCAUCUAUUGGUAGCUGAAUCGGGUAGUAAUUUGAGUGCUGGUGAACGUCAAUUAAUUUGUGUAGCUCGGGCUAUUCUGAAGAAGAGCCAUAUACUGCUAAUUGAUGAAGCUACAGCAAAUGUUGAUCUAGCGACCGAUCAAAUGAUUCAACAGGUGAUUGCUGACAAAUUUCGUGAUCGUACCAUUCUAACGAUUGCACAUCGAUUGAAUACAAUAGUCAAUAGUGAUCGUAUUCUUAUGUUAGAACAGGGAAAAGUUGCUUAUUUUGAUGUUCCCAAUAAUCUUGAUUUAUCUCAAAGUGAUACACAAAACUAA